AUGGCAUCGCAGGGUUUCUGGUCUCUUGGCGGAGAUAAUGCGGGGGCCAAUAAUACCGGGAGUCAGAGCCCCAGUACACCCAGGGCUUGGUGCCAAGCGGCGGCCCAGAAAUUAUCCGGAGGAAUUGGAUCGAAAUUAUGUGCGCUGCUCAAUGUCGGGGAAGUGGAGAAGCCCGCCGAGCCGGCCGCCAAGCAGCCGCCGGAGACCGAGGCUGCUGGCACCUGCGGCUGCAACAAAUCCUGCAACUGCACCAAAGCUGCUGUGGUUUUCUCCGACCUCUAUUCAACAGACCUGUUACCUGCUAUGGACAGUGACGCCAAAACAAUGACCUUCCUGCAGGAAGUUGUGGAUAUUUUACUGGCCUACAUCGUGGAGUCUUUCGACCGGGACACGAAGGUUAUUGAUUUUCAUUAUCCUAACGAGCUGCUUCAGAUGAACAACUGGGAGCUGCAGGGCGAGCCGGCCUCUCUGGAUGAUAUCUUGAUCAGCUGUCGCGCUACUCUCAAAUACGCCAUCAAAACAGCCCACCCCAGGUACUUCAAUCAGCUCUCUACAGGAUUAGACAUGGUUGGACUAGCAGCUGAUUGGCUAACAUCCACUGCCAACACCAAUAUGUUCACCUAUGAGGUGGCUCCUGUCUUUGUGCUGCUGGAAUACGUCACUCUGAAGAAGAUGAGGGAGAUCAUUGGCUGGCCGGAUGGGCGAGGAGAUGGCAUUUUCUCUCCUGGUGGGGCUAUUUCUAAUAUGUAUGCCAUGCUGCUGGCUCGCUUCAAGAUGUUUCCUGAAGUGAAGGAGAAAGGAAUGUCAUCUGUUCCCAGACUGGUGGCCUUCACAUCCGAACAUAGCCAUUUUUCUAUCAAAAAAGGUGCGGCAGCUCUUGGCAUCGGGACAGAGAGUGUGAUCUGCAUCAAAGCAGAUGAAAGUGGUAAACUGAUCCCAGGUGACCUUGAGAAAAGAAUACUGGAGGCAAAACAGAAGGGUUUUGUUCCUUUCUUUGUAAGUGCAACUGCUGGAACAACAGUGUACGGAGCUUUUGACCCUCUCAUCGCCAUUUCUGACAUCUGCAAAAAGUACAACAUCUGGAUGCACGUUGAUGGUGCGUGGGGAGGAAGUCUCCUCAUGUCCCGGAGACACAGGUGGAAGCUGGAUGGAGUUGAAAGGGCCAAUUCAGUAACAUGGAACCCACACAAGAUGAUGUCAGUCCCUCUGCAGUGUUCAGCCCUGCUGGUCAGAGAGGAGGGUUUGAUGCAGAACUGCAACCAGAUGCACGCCUGCUACCUGUUCCAGCAGGACAAACACUACGACCUGUCCUACGACACCGGAGACAAAGCGCUGCAGUGUGGACGCCACGUAGACAUCUUCAAGUUGUGGCUCAUGUGGAGAGCUAAGGGCACCAUUGGGUUUGAGGCUCAGAUUGACAAGUGUUUGGAGCUGUCAGAGUACCUCUACAACAAGAUCAAAGACAGAGAAGGAUACGAGAUGGUCUUUGAUGGGAAACCUCAGCACACCAACGUCUGCUUCUGGUACCUCCCUCCUGGGAUCCGCUACAUGGAGGACAAAGAGGAGCGAAAGAAACACUUGCACAAGGUGGCUCCAGUGAUAAAGGCCAGGAUGAUGGAGUACGGGACAACCAUGGUCAGCUACCAACCACAAGGAGACAAGGUCAACUUUUUCCGCAUGGUGAUCUCAAAUCCCGCCGCUACCUUCCAGGACAUCGACUUUCUUAUUGAGGAGAUUGAACGACUCGGCCUGGAUCUAUAAGACUCAUCUCACCAAGUCCUCCUGUACUUUUCCCCUUGAAGGAUGAAUUGUUUGUCGUGAAUGUACUGGUAAACUUUUUAUUUUCUCUCUCUUUCCUCCAAAGUCACAUAUUUAAGAGUAUAUUUGAGGAAAAAAAGAUCUACAGAUAUAUCCAUACAUUAUGUAUUGUAGCUUUGCCGUGGACUAACUUGGUCCAAAGCUAUGUAAAAGUGCUUUUGUCUGCCUUUCCUAUAGUGUAGUAGAUU